AUGGCACCUCCACGCCAGCGCGCUGCCGCGCUCGUGGAUGACUCCAGAUCUGAAGCUUCCAGUGGCACUCGAGAAUACAGAACGACAGCUCCGAAGAGCCGCAGGCCUGCCAAUGCUUCGAAAGACAAAGCUGCAGUGACCAGUGCCCCAAUCACACAAGAACCGGUAGAGGAACUCCCCAAUAUCCCCUGGUCCGACCUCCCCCUCGAAAUCCUCAACGCCUACCGCCACGCCCACAAACUCCCCACCCCCUCCGCUUUCUCAAACGAAUAUUCCCGUACCCUCCUCUCCCAAGGCAUUGGCCUGCGAUCGCCCACAGCUCUCGCCGCCCGCCGCGCCCAAUCCCAAGCCUCCCGCCGCGCCGGCCCCAGCAACGGAAAUACCUCCGGCACCGCAAGUGUCCCCACAGGUUCCGGCAGUGCUACAGGCAGCGGCACCGGGAGCAGCAGCAGCGAACACGAGGCUCCGCUGCGCCGGAUCAUAGGUCAGGACCGUGUGAGCAAGGAACAGUUUGCGCAUGUUGUGCGCAAGCAUUUCAAUAGCGCGGGGUUGUCGGAACAGGAGGCUAUUGCACGGUUUCUGUAUACGGUGCGGGAGGAGAGGAGGGGAGAC